AUGGAUUUCAUCAAGACCAGUUCCCUGCGUGCUCUGAUUGAGUUAACUUUCCAACGCAACUGGAACGGCUUCAUUUGGAUGAGUAGAAAAGGAGUUAUAGCCAAAAGAGUGAAGACUGCUCCAGACGGCUCUAUCGAGAAUCAGCGCCCGAACCGCGCAGUCCGGCUGGCCGAGGAACGAAUGUUCCGCGCUCGGCCAAAACCGUCUCCGUCUGAAGUCUCGGCCAAAGUUCAAACCACCGGCCGAUCACAACACGACCCGGGAAACAUUGUCCCGCGGUCGGCCAAGCACAACGCUCACGCCACCGCGCACGACCAGCCGCGCGAGCCGGGAACAAGCCUCGCGGCCGCGCAACUCCCGUACCACGGCCGAUGCAUCCGUCCGAGCCGGGGAACGCCCACGUCCGGCCGAGAACCAUCGGCCAAAUCUUCAUCCGUCCGACCAGCCGGCCGACCGAUCAUCCGGCCACGACGACCGUUCCGACUCGGCCAAGACCCGACUGUCCGGCCGAUCGUCCCGACCGACCGUCCGAACGCCGCGGUCGACCCGAAGCCGUUUUUGAAGCCCAAUCCGCACAAUUCAAGCCCAAAGCCGGCGCCGACCUAG